AUGAGAAAUCAAAGAAAAGCUUACUUAAUCAUAAUUUCAUCAGUGUUCUUCACAGUUUUAUUGUAUUCAAUUGUAUUGUUUAAUCAAGUUUUUAUUCCAAACCGUCAACGGUUUUUUGAACAUCAAUAUAUUGAUCCGAUGAAAGAUACAUCAUUAUUCUUGAAAAAUGUCACACGAGUCAAUGCCGUUAUAAUAGUUCUUGUAAGAAAUAAAGAGAUACAUGAAUUACGCAAGACAAUGAGAUAUUUUGAAGACCGAUGGAAUAAAAAAUAUAAUUACCCUUAUGUAUUUUUAAAUAAUGAAGAGUUUACUCAGGAAUUUAAGGAUUUAACAAAAAGGAUAACUCAUUCUGAGACAUAUUAUGGUUUAAUACCAAAAGAAAUGUGGGAUUAUCCUCCAUGGAUAAAUCAAACAAAAGCUGCCGAUGUACGUAAGGAAAUGGAAGACAAAAAAAUACUCUAUGGCGGUUCUGAAUCAUAUCGUCAUAUGUGCCGCUUCAAUUCCGGAUUUUUCUUUCGCCAUGAACUUAUCCAAAAAUAUGAUUAUUACUGGAGAUUAGAACCCGGUGUGGAUUUUAUGUGUGAUAUCGAUUAUGAUCCUUUUAGAUUUAUUCAAAAGAACAAUAUAACGUAUGGGUUUACUAUUUCACUCUUGGAAUUACAAGAUACUAUUCCUACUUUAUGGGAAACCGUUAAAAUGUUUAUGAAUGAGUAUCAUCAUUAUAUUCCUAGAAAAAAUCUCAUUAGAUUUAUAGAUAAUAUUAAUUAUAAUGGUUGUCAUUUUUGGAGCAAUUUUGAGAUAGGUGAUCUGAAUUUUUGGAGGAGUGAAAGGUACUUGAAGUUUUUCGAUUAUCUAGAUCGAGCUGGUGGUUUCUAUUAUGAACGUUGGGGUGAUGCUCCAGUUCACUCAAUAGCACUUGCUAUGUUCCUAGAAAAAUCAAAAAUACACUUCUUUAAUGAUAUAGCAUACAUGCAUCCCCCUUUUCAACAUUGUCCAAUCGAAAAAUGGUUUCAUGAAUCUGGCAAAUGUCAUUGUAAUCCCGAUAAAAAUUUUGAUUCCACAUUUGGUUCAUGUACUGAAGCUUGGUUUGCAUUAUAA